AUGAGCAAUGUACCAGAAAAUGCACCUCAACAUUGUCCAGGCACACAAAGUGAAGAUGCCGGCAAAGCUUCAGCGUGUGCUGGGUGUCCCAAUCAAAAUAUUUGUUCAUCAGGCGUCCCAGCAGGACCUGAUCCUGCUAUUCAAUUAAUCAAGGAGCGUCUAUCAAAUGUAAAACAUAAAAUAUUGAUACUCUCCGGGAAAGGUGGUGUGGGCAAAAGUACUGUUACAUCACUGUUAGGACAUGCGUUAGCCGCCAGGAAACCAGAUGCUAAUGUUGGUAUCCUGGACGCAGACAUCUGUGGUCCCAGUCAGCCCCGAGUGCUCGGAGUCAGGGGAGAGCAGGUACACAACUCAGGAUCAGGAUGGUCUCCAGUGUAUGUUACCGACAAUCUGUCCGUGAUGUCGAUAGGUUUUCUGCUGGCUAGUCCAGACGAUGCAGUCAUAUGGAGAGGACCAAAGAAAAAUGGUAUGAUCAAACAAUUUUUAAGUGAAGUGGAUUGGGGAGAUUUGGACUACCUUCUAAUAGACACCCCGCCAGGUACAUCGGACGAGCACCUGUCCGCGGCGCAGUACCUGUCGGCGGCGGGUCUGUCGGGCGCGCUGGUGGUGACGACGCCGCAGGAGGUGGCGCUGCUGGACGUGCGCAAGGAGCUGCACUUCUGCCGCAAGCUGGGCCUGCCCGUCCUCGGCGUCCUCGAGAACAUGUCCGUCUUCGUGUGCCCCAACUGUAAUAGCCGCAGCGAGAUCUUCCCGGCGACGACGGGCGGCGCGCGCGCCAUGUGCGCGGAGCUGGGCGCGGCGCUGGUGGGGCGCCUCCCGCUCCACCCCGCCCUGGCGCGCGCCGCCGACACCGGCCGCGACCCCCUCGCCGACCUGCCCGCCUCGCCCGCCGUGCGCGCGCUGCACGACAUCGCCGACAAAAUCGUUGCCAUCUGCGAAAAAACGUCAAGCUGA